UCUCUCUCUCUUAACUUUGAAUUGUGGGAAUAAGUUGAUCUUCUCUUUUCUCCAUUAUUUUUGUUUCAAAUGAUGUCUUUCAAAAGCUUUCGUUUGUUAGGAUUCUUUGCCCUAACUUUUUCUCUUGCUUUAGCUUCUGAUGGUAGUCCUCUUCAAGAUUUCUGUGUGGCAAACCCCAAUAAUCAAGUGCUAGUGAAUGGCGCAUCGUGCAAGGACCCAAAGCAGGUACAAGCAGGUGAUUUCUUAUUCACUGGGCUUCACUUGCCAGGCAACACAUCGAACCCUGCAGGUUCGAAGGCAACACUAGUUACAGCAGCCCAAUUACCGGGACUAAACACUCUUGGCGUUUCCAUGGUUCGUAUAGACUAUGCACCAUGGGGUAUCAACCCUCCACACACGCAUCCAAGAGCUUCAGAAAUCUUGACAGUUUUGGAGGGUACCCUUGAAGUAGGGUUUGUGACUUCUAACCCAGACAACCGUCUCAUUACCAAAGUGCUUAACAAGGGUGAUGUGUUUGUGUUCCCUGUGGGUCUCAUUCACUUCCAGAGAAACACGGGAAAUGGAUAUGCUGUUGCCAUUGCUGCAUUCAAUAGCCAAAAUCCUGGAGUCAUCACCAUUGCUAAUGCUGUGUUUGGUUCAAAACCUGACAUCUCCAUAGAUAUUCUUACAAAAGCUUUCCAAGCUGACAAGAAUGUGAUUUCUCAAUUCCAAGCCAAAUUUUAGAGCUAUUUUCCGAGGAAUUAUUUGUUCAAUAAAGUAUUUCUCUCAUUCGCUGAGUUUAAUUCCUUUUGUUUGUGUUUCUUGGUGUCAAAUAUUUUAGUUUUAAUGUUCUGGAAUGGAUAAGAUCUUCCAGAAGCUGUUGCUAUUGUAAUAUGUCUUGUAAUGCAUAUCUUUGUUGAUUUUCCAAUACUUUGAAUUCUUACCUUAACAAC